CCGGCCGGUGAUUGCCAAGCAUUACUGACAGAGGGAGAGAACUGUAUGUAAACAAUACAGUUCUCUCCCCUGUCAGCUCCUGCAGACUGCUUUGUGUGUGCUUACAGUUGAAAGCACUAACAGCCCACAGUAAAAACAGCACACAGUUAACCCUUUGAUCGCCCCACAUGUUAACCCCUUCCUGCCCACACACUGUUAACCCUUUCCUACUCAGUGCCAUUAGUACAGUGUCAGUGCUUUUUAUUAGCACUGAACACUGUAUUGGUGUCACUGGGAAUAUCAGUGACACCAAGCCAGUUCCCCCCAGUGCCAGAAUAUCCGCCAGUCCUGCUAUAAGUUGGUGA